GAUAUAGGUGUGUCUGAACUAAGGUCAAAAGCUUGAUUUUGGUGGUUGGGAAAACCCUCCUUCAAUAUAUACGUACAAUAAGUGCGAAUUGCAACUUUUGAUUUUCUUUUAAGCGUGUCCGAAUUCGUAGGCUGCAUAUCCCUUUUAUAAAAUACAACGAAUCCCAAUAACGAAGAGUAUCGCGAGACCCCUCGAGAACAUGGACGCAAGACAACCAAAAUACAUUUGUGGACAACAAGCCAGCAAAUGAUGGCGGCGUCGCUGUUGCGCCGGGACAAGAAAGCUACUGCCGCUCACUUGAAGGCAGACUUGCGGCGGACUGACAACAGCUCUGCUCUCCGACAAAUUCACGAGCUGCUUGACGACGUCCUCAAUCCCGAAAAACCAUCGACGGACACAGAGGCGCUUGACUGGUGUAAAUGUCUCAUUGCAGGAGGCGAAGCAUUCGAGGAGUUCUGCAAAACGGUCCGCUCUUAUGACAACGCCACCCUAUGCGGCUUGGUGUGGACGGCGAAUUUUGUGGCGUACCGAUGCCGGACCUGUGGCAUCUCCCCUUGCAUGUCGCUGUGCGCCGAGUGUUUCAAUAACGGAGACCAUACGAGCCAUGACUUCAACAUGUUCCGAAGCCAGGCUGGCGGGGCCUGUGACUGUGGAGACAGUAAUGUCAUGCGAGAGAGUGGGUUUUGCAGACGGCAUCGCUUGAGAACAGGAGAGAACAUCCCGUCAAUUCCUAGAGAUCUUCUGAUGAUGUCAGAGUUGGUUCUCCCUCGCUUUAUCCUGUUUGUCAUACAGUAUUUGAGGGAUGGAUAUACAGAACCAGACACGUCAUCUGAGAGAGAUUUACAAAAAGUUCUUCAGCAGCUGGAGCCUCAAAUCUCCUUCCUGGAAGAGCUCACCAAAAUGGGUGGAGCAAUGCGGACUGUGCUAACAAAAAUCUUGACGAACCAGCAAACAUUUAAGGAAUUGAGCAUGGGCCAAGAGCACAAUUUGUUCGCUAAAAAGAAUUAUGACAAGUAUUUGGCAGCAUUGAAGAAUUCUGGCUUGGUGUCUAUGGAAGACAAGGCCCAAAGUACCGCCGACGCCGCAGUUGGGGCCGAAGGAGGCGCUGACGCCCUACUGGGAUCGACAUCACCAGCGAGCCCAGAUGAGUCAAGCAAAGAGGAUGACCAAGAUGCGGGACAAUCUGUUGGUCAGAGAAAGAGAGUUAAACUGAGUAGCAGUACAAAAGAUCUGUCGAUUAUUGAAUGUUUGAAGCAUAAAUGUUUUUUGGAGGAGCUCCUGUUUUGGACAAUCAAAUAUGAGUUUCCUCAGAAGAAGGUCACUUUCUUACUGAACAUGUUACCAGAUCAAGAUUACAAGAUCACUUUUACCAAAACAUUUGUUCAGCAUUAUGCAUUCAUCAUGAAAACUCUGAUGAAAAGCCACGAGUCAGACACAAUGUCCAACCGAAUUGUACAUAUCAGUGUGCAAUUGUUCAGUAACGAGGAACUGGCUCGGCAUGUGACUGAGGAGUGUCAGCUGCUGGACAUCAUGGUCACUGUUCUCCUUUACAUGAUGGAAAGUUGCCUUAUCAAAAGUGAACUUCAGGAUGAAGAAAACAGUCGCCAUGUUGUGGUGAAUUGCAGUGAGGCUCUGUUGAAGAACAACACAUACUGGCCAUUAGUUAGUGAUUUUAUCAACAUCUUGUCACACCAAAGUGUUGCAAAAAAGUUCCUAGAAGACCAUUCAUUGUUGAUGCUGUGGAUGAGCUUUGUGUCAUUUUUCCAAGGAAUGAACCUGAAUAAGCGGGAGUUGAAUGAACAUGUUGAAUUUGAGUCUCAGACAUACUAUGCAGCAUUUGCAGCUGAGCUCGAAGCCUGUGCACAACCAAUGUGGGGUCUUUUAACUCACUGCAAAGUCAAAGAGACUCAGGAGUAUACUAAAACUGUGGUACGCUACUGUUUGGAAACUCUCCAGAUCUGGUUUGAUGCCAUCAGCUUUAAUGAUGAGCCUUUGCCAAAUCAAGUGACAUUUCACCUGCCACUACACCGCUACUAUGCCAUGUUCCUCAGUAAGGCUGUGAAGUGCCAAGACUUGGACCUGGAUAGCCUCCUGCCUGACCAAGAGAUGCUGAUGAAAAUCAUGGUGCAUCCACUGCAAAUUCAGGCAUGUCUCUCAGAGAUCCACAGCAACAUGUGGGUUAGAAAUGGGUUACAGAUAAAAGGACAAGCAAUGACCUAUGUACAGUCACACUUCUGCAACUCCAUGAUAGACCCCGACAUCUUUCUACUUCAGGUUUGCGCAUCGCGACUUGAUCCUGACUAUUUUAUUUCAAGUGUUUUUGAGAGGUUCAAAGUGGUUGAUCUUUUAACCAUGGCAUCUCAGCAUCAGAAUGCCGUGUUAGACUCUGAACAAGAAAGACCAAUGCUCGAAGGUGCUCUGACCUUCUUAGUCAUACUGACAAGCCUUCGCAUUCAUUUAGGAAUGACAGAUGAUGAGAUUCUUCGGGCUGAAAUGGUCUCACAGUUGUGUAUGAACGAUCGCACACACAGCUCGCUGUUAGACCUUAUUCCUGAGAAUCCCAACCCAAAGAGUGGCAUUGUACCAGGGAGCUGUAGUUUUGAGGAGAUGCUUUCUGCUGUCGCAGAUUUCAAAGCACCAGUGUUUGAGCCAGGUGGUUCCAUGCAGCAGGGCAUGUACACGCCCAAAGCGGAGGUGUGGGAGAAUGAGUUUGACCCCAUCAUGGUUGUUCUCAGAACUGUCUAUCGACGUGAUGUGCAGUCCGCAAUGGACCGAUAUUCCGCAUUUUUAAAGCAGUCUGGCAUUCACACUGGUAACCCAUGGCCCCCAUACAAGGAGAGGACUCCCCUGCACCCGUGCUAUCAAGGUUUAAUCAAACUAUUGCACUGCAAGACCCUGCACAUUGUGAUAUUCACUCUCCUUUACAAGAUAUGGAUGGAUCAUCAGAAUAUGUCUGAACAUGUGCUGUGCAUGGUGCUUUACCUAAUUGAGCUGGGCUUGGACAACCAGGUUCAAGACAGCAAAGAAGAUGAGGAGCCUUGCAUUGAGGAGCACUGUCAUGACAGUUGGUUCCCUGGCACCAACCUCAUCUCCAAUCUACACCAUGUCAUCAACUUUGUGAGAGUGAGAGUACCUGAGACGGCACCUGAAGUGAAGCGUGAGGCUCCGCCUAGUACUAGUUCAGAAGCUUCAUCCUAUGGCCAGAACCUGCGUGAAGCCCAGGUAUUCAGCCUUGUUGCAGAGCGCAGGAGGAAGUUCCAGGAGAUAAUCAACCGCAGCAGUUCAGAAGCCAGUCUGGUUGUCAGGCCAAAGAGUUCGUCAACCCGCUGGGUGCCGCCAGGUACGCCCCCACAGCUGGUGACAGAGAUCCUGGAGAUAAGAGAGAGCAUGUUGUCCCUCCUCGUCAAACUCCAUCAGAAGCUGUCAUCCAAGCAGAACUCCCUGUCGGAAUCCUGGCUUGAUAAUAUGGACACAAGCCGUCACACUCAUGGAGAUGGCAUUACAGCCAUCGAGCGUAUCCUCACUAAGGCAGCCACGCGGAGCUGCCAAAUCAAGCGUAGCAUCCAAGACAUUUGCGGAAAGGUGUAUCCUCCUGUGCCACCAAAGAAGAAUAGUCCAACAGACAAAAAAGCCUUGGAUAAAGAAGAGAGGCGCCAGAGGGCUCGAGAGAGGCAACAGAAGCUAUUAGCUGAAUUUGCCUCGAGACAGAAGAGUUUCAUGGAAACAGCUAUGGAUGUUGAAUCACCAGAAACGGAGGCAGCAAUGGACCUGGGAGCGUCUGAAAUGAUGGAGUCAGAAGUUCUUUAUGACUGCGUGAUCUGUGGACAGAGUGGACCCUCAACAGAGGACAGACCAACUGGCCUAGUUGUUCUCCUCCAGGCCUCCUCUGUGCUUGGACAUCGCUGCAAGAGCAUAGAGGCUAAAAAUCUCCCAACCAGUGACGAAGAGCACAUUUACUCUGCUGACACGUGUGCAGUGGCUCAUGACGUCCGGCUUACUCUCUUACAGCGGUUCUUCAAAGAUAGCUCUUGUCUGCAGUCUGUGUCGAUAGGUUGGGACGGGGGUGUCUACGUGCAGACCUGCGGACACACUUUGCAUAUUGAUUGCCACAAGUCGUACAUGGAGUCUCUGAGGAAUGACCAGGUCCUCCAGGGAUUCUCUGUUGACAAGGGUGAAUUUACUUGCCCGCUAUGUCGACAGUUUGCCAACAGUGUCCUUCCCUGUCGACCUGGAUGUGGCUCAGAAGCCGGUUCAUGGCAUGCUACCACAAACAAGAAGACCAGUGUGCUAAUAAAGGAAGUGGAAGCUCUUCAGGAUAAUUUAGGCCUUUUCCCAACGGAGUCCAACUUGAGCAAAGAGAUGGAGUCGGUAAUCAAAGACAUUAAGAACACCACCCAGAAAAAGUACAUGGACUAUGGCAAAAACCCUGGCUCCCCAGAUAAUGAUUUUCUCUUUAUGUACUCCUUGGCAAGAACCAACCUGGAAUUAGAACUUGUGCACCGAGGAGGCAACUUGUGUUGUGGGGGUGCCAGUGCCACUGCAAAACGCUCAUGUCUCAAUCAGCUGUUUCACGUGUUGGCCAUGCACAUGCGUCUUUACAGCAUUGAUUCAGCCUACAACCCCUGGAUGAAGCUGACACAACUUACACAAAGCAUAGAGCCAGAUUUUGAUGACGAAAGACCUGAAGUACCCAUGCUCUUUAGAGAUGUCCCAUCCCUGUUGAUUAUCUUUGUGCUGACCAUGCCACAGCCCCUGCGAAAAGAACACUUUACCUGUGUGGUGAAGAUGCUGUACAACCUUCAAUUCGUCCAGGCUCUGGCUGCACUGUCAACCAAGCUGAGGCCAGAAGAAAGGCAGGCUUGGAGGUCAUCCGGGGCAGUCAAACAGGCCCGUGCUAAUGCAGAGACGUCUUUUGAAGCACUGCUCGGUCACGUUAUCAGUGAGUUGUCCAAGAGCAACAAUGUCUAUGCAGUGAAUAUGGACGAUAUAAUGCUGAGCUCCACUGUGUGGUCCCCACAAUCUGUUGAGUUCAGCCUCCAGCAGUACUGCCUCCCCUUCCUUCGACUCUCUUGUCUUCUGCAGCAUCACCUCUAUGGGGACAACCUCUCUGGCUGCUUGGAGCAGGAAGAGUUCUCAUCCUUGGCCCUGUGCUUGGGUCUCGUACCUGCAUCCUCCAUGGUUUCAAAUCCUGUGAACAGUGCCUCAUGUUUGGAGUGGGCGGUCAGCGCCUUCGACAUGAUCACACAGUGGUGUGCUGAGGUCAAAGGGCUUUCUCAGGUGCAGGCAGAGCAGUUGCUGACCUUACUUGUCCAGGAUCCUCAGUGGGCACUGCCCCGCCUCCUCCAGCUGCCUGACAACUACAAUAUCAUCUUCCAGUACUACCACAGGAAGGCCUGCACUGUUUGUAAAAAAGUGCCAAAGGACCCUGCGCUCUGCCUUGUCUGUGGUGCUUUUGUCUGUCUCAAGGGGGUUUGCUGCAAGCAGCAGGGUAUCAGUGAAUGUGUUUUGCACUCCCAACACUGUGGUGCUGCUACUGGCAUUUUUCUACUGAUUAACGCCUCAGUCAUCAUCAUCAUCCGCGGACAUCGCUUCUGUCUCUGGGGUUCUGUUUACCUUGAUGCCCACGGGGAGGAGGACCGCGAUUUACGGCGGUCGUUGUAUGGAGUUUAUCCCUACAAGUCUAGCAUGAUUGGCCUAGAGAACCUGGGAGAUCCAUCGGAUAUCUGGGACAUUGUGGAGACCAUCGGUAAAGGGACUUAUGGCAAAGUCUACAGGGUGACCAGCAAGAAGGAUGGAAGUCAGGCAGCAGUCAAAGUGUUGGACCCCAUCAACGACAUGGAUGAAGAGAUCGAGGCAGAAUACAACAUCCUGCGGUCUUUGUCCAACCACCCCAAUGUGGUGAAGUUUUACGGCAUGUUUUACAAAAAAGAGAAUUUAUUGGGUGGACAGCUCUGGCUUGUACUGGAGCUCUGCAAUGGUGGUUCGGUCACAGAACUCAUCAAAGGGCUUCUGAUGAAAGGCCAACGACUGCAGGAGCCUGUUAUAGCAUACAUUUUAUACAGCGCCCUCCUGGGUCUUCAGCAUCUGCACAACAACCGGAUUAUCCAUCGUGACGUCAAAGGCAAUAACAUCCUCUUGACGGCAGAAGGAGGAGUCAAACUGGUUGACUUUGGGGUAUCAGCACAACUGACCAGCGCCCGACUGCGGAGGAACACAUCAGUUGGGACCCCAUUUUGGAUGGCUCCCGAGGUGAUAGCCUGUGAACAGCAGUACGACUACUCGUAUGACGCCCGCUGUGACGUGUGGUCGCUGGGGAUCACUGCCAUCGAGCUGGCGGAUGGAGAUCCCCCAUUGGCCGAGAUGCAUCCAGUGAAAGCGCUCUUCAAGAUCCCACGAAAUCCCUCCCCUACGUUGCAAAAUCCGGACCAGUGGUGCAGAAGUUUCAGCCAUUUCAUCGGCCAGUGUCUGAUAAAGGAUUUUGAGGCACGUCCAUCAGUGACUCACCUCCUGGAGCAUCCCUUCAUCAAGCAGGCCCACGGCAAAGACGUGGCCCUUCGACAGCAGUUGGCGGCUCUAAUUAAAGAGCAGCAAGAACUGGGAUGUGCGGCCAAAACCAAGCACGAACGGAUCAAUACCCGUAAAACCCUCAUCAUAGAGAGCAGUCCAGAUGAUGAUCUGGUCAACCUGGAGUUCUUAGACGAGGAGACCAUUAUUGCACAUCUGCACAGGAGGUAUGCUGAGCUGCAGGUGUACACGUACGUGGGGGACAUCCUCAUCGCCCUCAACCCUUUCCAGAACCUCAGCAUCUACUCCCCCCAGUUUUCAAAACUGUACCACGGCGUCAAGCGGGCCGACAAUCCUCCGCACAUCUUUGCGACGGCCGACGCAGCCUACCAAAGCAUGGUGACUUUCUGCAAAGAUCAGUGUAUCAUCAUCAGUGGGGAGAGUGGUGCUGGCAAAACAGAGAGCGCUCAUUUGAUUGUUCAACAUCUCACCUUCUUGGGAAAGGCAAACAAUCGGACUUUACGAGAGAAGAUCCUGCAGGUGAAUCCUCUUGUGGAGGCCUUUGGGAACGCUUGCACGGCCAUCAACGACAACUCGAGCCGCUUCGGAAAGUACCUGGAGAUGAAGUUCACCCCCACUGGAGCGGUCAUCGGCGCCAAAAUAUCCGAAUACCUGCUGGAGAAGUCAAGGGUCAUCAAACAGGCCAUGGGGGAGAAGAACUUCCACAUCUUUUAUUACAUGUAUGCUGGCCUCUACCACCAAGAUAAGCUGAAGACUUACAGGUUGCCAGAAAGGACCGCUCCCAGGUAUAUAAACAAUCAACAAUGCAAAGUGAUGCAGGAUAUCGUCACCAGCAAACUGUACAAGGAGCAGUUCGAAGUCAUCCAGGAAUGCUUCCGGAACAUCGGCUUUACCGAAGAGGAAGUCAUCUCCGUUUACAGGAUCCUCUCGGCCAUACUGAACACCGGCAACAUAGAAUUUGCCGCCAUCACGUCCCAACACCAAACCGAUAAGAGCGAGGUGCCUAAUUCAGAAGCCUUGGAGAAUGCUGCUUCCCUGCUCAGCAUCGGUCCCGAGGAGCUCCAAGAAGCGCUGACCUCGCAGUGCGUGGUGACAAGGGGCGAGACCAUCAUCCGCACCAACACGGUGGACAAAGCUGCCGACGUGCGGGACGCCAUGUCCAAGGCCCUGUACGGCCGCCUGUUCAGCUGGAUCGUGCAGCGCAUCAAUACUUUGCUGCAGCCUGACAUGACCAUCUGCGCCGCAGAGAGCAGCAUGAAUGUGGGAAUCCUGGACAUCUUUGGCUUUGAGAACUUCAAGAAGAACUCCUUUGAGCAAUUGUGCAUCAACAUCGCGAAUGAACAGAUCCAGUUUUACUUCAACCAGCAUAUAUUUGCUCUGGAACAGAUGGAGUACCAGAGCGAGGGGGUGGAUGCCAGCCUGGUGGAGUACGAGGACAACAGGCCCAUCCUGGACAUGUUCCUGCAGAAGCCCAUGGGUCUCCUGUCCCUGUUGGACGAGGAGAGCCGCUUCCCGCAGGCCACCGACCACACUUUAGUGGAUAAAUUUGAGGACAAUCUGCGCUGCAAGUACUUUUGGAUACCAAAACGUGUCGAACUCUCUUUUGGAAUUCUGCAUUUUGCUGGAAAGGUGAUGUACAGUGUGAACGGAUUCCUGGAGAAAAACCGAGACACUCUCCCCGCUGACAUCGUGGUGGUGCUGAGAACCUCCGAGAACAAACUUCUGCAGCAGCUCUUUUCCAGCCCCUUGACAAAAAUAGGGAAUCUGGCCACAGCCCGAGUCCGAGUGAACACCGCCUCUCGAUCUCUGCCGCCCCAGCUCAGUUCCGGUAACAGCAAGUCUCCCAAAUACCUCUUGAAGGUUGACACCAUGGAGAUGAUGCGUCACCCAGACGAAACCACCAACAUGAGGAGACAGACCGUGGCCUCCUAUUUCCGUUACUCGCUGAUGGACUUGCUGUCAAAGAUGGUGGUAGGUCAACCGCACUUUGUGCGCUGCAUCAAGCCCAACGACGACAGGCGGGCGCUGUGCUUCAGCAAGGAGAGAGUGAUGGUGCAGCUGCGCUACACGGGCAUCCUGGAGACGGUCAAUAUUCGCCGACAAGGAUACUCGCACCGCAUCCCCUUUACAGAAUUUGUCACCAGAUACUACUACCUUGCAUUCCGGGCUCACCAGAUGCCAGAAACCAGCAAAGAGAAUGCCGCCAUCAUACUGCAACGGGCCAAACUGGAGGACUGGGUCCUUGGAAGGACAAAGGUGUUUCUGAAGUACUACCAUGUGGAGCAUCUGAACUUGCUGCUGAGGGAAGUGAUCGCUCGGGUGGUGGUGAUGCAAGCCUACACCAAAGGCUGGCUGGGGGCACGACGUUAUAGAAAGGCCAAGCAGAAGAGGAACAACUGUGCCACCGUCAUCCAGUCAGCCUGGAGGGGCUUCGUCGCACGGCAGAAUCUCAAGAAAAUGAAGAAGGAGCGAGAAAAGGCAGCAGUCCGUAUCCAGUCGGUUUACAGGGGCCAUCGAGUGCGUCUGGACCGUGGACCUCAGAGGCGCACGUGUAAUGCCGAGUCUGGCGGGAAGACCACCAAGGACGACCAUAUGGGGUCUCAGAGCCCCAAGAGCCUACAAAAGGGAAAUGCCGCCUCCGACAGCCGAGAGAGACACGUGAAAGACGCAAAGAAAGACAAAGACGGUGUGAUGAAGCCUCGCAGGGAGACAGCCAGGCUGCGAGACGUGCAGUGUAAACAAGGUCCAGCGACGAAGCUCCAGCAGAGGACUCCUCGCCGGCGGGGCCAGCCGCCCAAACUGCUUAACAGCCCCGAAGACAGCCUGUACUACAACCAGCUAAAUAGAACUCUGGAUUACCAGGGGAGCAAGAGGAAGCCCAGAAAACUUGGUCAAAUCAAAGUGCUGGACAGAGAGGAUGAGUACUACAAAUUACUGUCAAUGGUGGAGUCGAUCCCCGAAGAAGAGUACGAGAGCCCGGCCCCCGCCCGCCUGUUCUAGCCAGAGAUGAGCCUUAACAUCAUGUCAGCCGAUUGCCUUCUUCACCAACAAAGUCGACCAGAAACCAAAAAGCGUGAACACGCUACUUCGAUUGCACAUUUGUAUUUAUUUAUGACAAAAUGAUGUUUUAUAUGACACAAAUAAAUGUGAUUCCGUU